GUCACAAGGUUUGCCACAUGAGGGUUACUUUCUCUUCAUCCCCCUUAAGUUCCCUUAGUCAUGCUUGCUUGCUUUCUUGCAGUACUGCCAAAUGAGAGAAGCUUCCAGAAUGCUGCUAAAAGUAAUAAUUUGGAUCUUAUGGAGAAGCUGUUUGAAAAGAAGGUUAAUAUUAAUGCUGUGAACAACAUGAACCGCACAGCCCUGCAUUUUGCAGUGGGGGCAAAUCAUUUAUCUGCAGUGGAUUUCUUGCUUAAUCACAAGGCCAGGGUGGAUGUUGCUGAUAAGCAUGGCUUGACAGUAAUUCACCUUGCCUCCUGGUCUGGAAGCCUUGAGAUCAUGCUCAUGCUGGUUAGAGCUGGCGCAGACCAGAGAGCCAAGAGUCAGGAUGGAAUGAAUGCCCUCCACUUUGCAGCUCAGAGCAAUAGUGUGCGCAUCGUGGAGUACCUCAUUCAAGAUCUACACCUGAAGGACCUGGACCAGCCUGAUGAGAAAGGAAGAAAACCAUUUCUUUUGGCAGCUGAGAGGGGCUACGUUGAGAUGAUAGAAAAACUGACCUUCCUUAAUCUGCAUUCUUCAGAAAAGGACAAGGAGGGGAACACCGCCCUGCACCUCGCAGCGAAGCAUGGUCACAGCUCUGCGGUCCGGGUGCUGCUAACCCAGUGGCAAGAAAUAAAUGAGACCAAUGAGAAUGGAGAAACCCCUUUCUUCCUGGCUGUUGAAGGAGGUCAUGAAGAAUAAAGCAAAGUGCUAGUGGCAGCAGGAAGUGACAUCAAUGUUCCAAAUAAACUCAACAUCAGUGCUUUGCAGAUAGCAAUGCAGAAUGGCCACGCAUCCCUUGUUAGCUUUCUUCUCCAUGAGAACGUGGAUCUGCGCCAGAAGGUGGAACCUAAGGAGUCCCCUCUUCACUUAGCUGUUAUCAACAACGACAUCACGGUGGUGAACAGCUUACUGAGUGCACAGCAUGGUGUUGACGUCCUAAAUCAGAGACGGCAAACUCCUUUGCAUGUAGCUGCUGAUCUUGGAAAUGUGGAGCUGGUGGAAACCCUGCUGAAGGCCGGCUGUGACCUGAAGGUUGUCGAUAAGCAAGGGAGCACAGCCCUGGCCGUGGCCUCCAGGAGCAACCACAGCCUUGUUGUGGACAUGCUCAUUAAAGCGGAGCGAUACUGUGCCUGGAGAGAGGAGCGUGGCGAGAACAUCAGGGACCCAUCAACCAGCUUUCCUCUGACAUUCAAGCAAGAUCACAGUCUGGAGACCAGACACAUUCGCAGUCUCCUCUGGAACCUGGCUUACCGUCAGCUGAAGGCCAACGAGUGCCAGAGGUUGGCCCGAUCGUGGAACUUUACCGAAGACCAGAUCAGAGCCAUCGAGGAGCAGUGGUUAGGAAAGGAGAGCUUCCGUGAACACGGCCACAGGGCUCUGCUCAUCUGGCUGCACGGGACCCUGAUGACACAGGCCGCGCCGGUGAGGCACCUGUACGAGGAGCUGGUACGUGCAGGCUUCCCAGAACUAGCUGAAAAGAUCCGUCAAUUCAAAAGCAAAACUGACUCGAGGCCCAAGAAAUGUGCAGUUUCAUAAAUGCCUGAAGAAACGGUCUUAAAUGAUUUUCCACUCAGCAUUCAGUCCUUUUAAAUUCUGUGCCAUAAAAUUCUUCCAGCAGUGGUAUUGAUUUUCCUUUCAACUAAGAAGAUGGU